AUGCGUGCCAUCCGAAGUUAUAGAGCUCGUGCUAAACUUGAGCUACGUGAAGAAUGUACAGAAUUAGAUGCUCUUGAUGUUGUACAAAUCAUGAGAGCUAGUAUGCUCGAUACAUAUACAGAUGAAAAUGGUCAACUUGAUUUUUCACGAUUACAACAUGGCUCGGGAAUGAGCCGAGCAUCUGAAGUUAAGAAACUGAUGAAUGCUAUUCGAUGUGUUACGGAAAAAAAGAAAAAUCCUCACUUUUCAUUAGCUGAACUUAAACAAAUAGCAAUAGAUAUUAAAAUUAAUAUGGAUAGAUUCGACGAACUAUUAAUAAAACUAAACGAUAAUGGAUAUUUACUGAAAAAAGGUCAUAAUUUAUAUCAAAUUAGUUUACUUGAAUAG